AUGAACAGGGAGAAGGUGCAGGUCGGCGACUCCAUCGUGCCUACUGCGCCCGGCGUUAUCGUGGUCGCUCCGCAGGACGGCAUGGACGAGAAGCGCCUCGCUGCAGCUGAAUUGCCGGUGUUUUCCUGCGCUGGAGGGAGAGACGCGGAGAGCAGAGACACCUCGCCGAGACAUGAACCUGCGCCCCCGGGCGCGCCGCCAACCGGUCACCGGACCACCUCGUUCUCGGUUCUGGACAUUUUGGACCCGAAUAAGUUUACUAGUAAGAGGCAAGCGCCCAACAGGACAGAAUUCGCGUUUGGUGAAGAAAACAGAGGAAACGAUGACUCGAAUCACACGAUCGAGCACAAGUCUUAUCCAGAGGACUACGACUGUAAAAAAUCGUCGGGAAUUUUAAAGGAUGGGUUCGUGUUCCGAUCAGAUGAAUGUGAGAAUGAUUUUCCCCGAGGGAAUCAGUCAGACAGCGAGCUUCAGGAUGAUUUGUGCAGCGAGGAGAGCAGCGCCCUGACUGGAAACAACGACGCUGAAUUUGGACAUCAUGAGGACGACGACCCGUUAAAUAAAAGCCCAGACGGACAGCAGAGUCAGCAGUCAGCCUCAAACGGACAGAAUCACUCAACCAAACCCAAACGGAAGCGCACCGGCUCGGACUCAAAGUCUGGCAAACCCAGAAGAGCCCGGACUGCGUUCACGUACGAGCAGCUGGUGGCUCUGGAGAACAAAUUCAAGUCGACGCGCUACCUGUCCGUGUGCGAACGGCUCAAUCUGGCGCUGUCCUUGAGUUUGACAGAGACCCAGGUGAAAAUAUGGUUUCAGAACCGCCGGACCAAGUGGAAGAAACAGAACCCGGGCGCGGACACGAGCGCACCGACCGGUGGGAGCGGAGGGGGACCGAAUGGCCUGAGCAACGGUUUGGGGAGCCUGAGUCCACUGAGCCAGUCUCCUCCUAUGAGCGGCCACCUGUCCAUGCACACCAGCUAUCCGGGUCACACGCCCGGAGGACUAGUCUGUACCGCCCAGUUGCCCUUUCUACCGGGCCAUGCAGUACUGUCACCCUUCAUGCUGGGCUCUCAAACUUAUGGAGCACCAACAUUUUACGCGCCGCACUUAUAA